AUGGCCCGCUACCCCGAAGUCGCUUUCGCUAUGGCGCACAAGCGAUUUAAAACGUCAUGGGAAUCCUCGUUUCCGUGGCUUAUUCUAACUCGUGACGACGUUGGCUUCCCUAUUUUGAGAUGCAGCACGUGCUUGGAGCAUGGAGCGGAAGGCGCGAAAACGGCAUACGGCAAGGGAGGCAGUGGAGGGCGUGACAUGCAAAAGGCCAGCAUCCGGACGCACCAGCGCUCCACCGCACACCAGGACGCUCACGCCGAGAUGAAGGCGAAGGAGAGCCGGAAGCUUCGACAGGCGUUGCUGAGCGAGUUCGAGGGAUUGGAUAGGAGCACGCUUCACAUCAUCACCGCGCUCAAGACCACCGUGUACAUCUGCAAGUCGGAGGCGCCAAUCACCUCCUACGUGGGCACUAUCAAGUUCAUGGCCGACCUCGGAGUAGACAUCACGGUGGUCGCAGGGGAGGUGUCGCUCGCUUGCAGGACGAUCGAAGUGCAUUACGUGGACUGCGAGGAUCGAUUCGGCAACGAGCAAUCGCCCUUGCUCUGCGCGUUCUUGAAGAAGCAUGGCAACCCCGACCACCGCGAGGUCACCGUCAAAGGCGUGGACCAGAAUGGCGAUGCUGCUGAGCACAAGUUCGUGCUUCAUGAGCGCAAGAUCCCUGGGCAUACGACUGGCGGUGACUACUACUCCUGCAAGGUGGUGUGCCAGGAGUUUGCAAAGGCCUGCGUUGAGCGACUCGAGUUCCGCCUUGAAGACCUGAACGACCUGGCCGGGUCCAAGCUUUUCCGGCCUUCGUGCUAUCCCGACGACAACGCGCAGCGGAUGAAGAAGUGCCGCGAGUGGUUGGGCAUGUUGGACCACAUGUUUCACCGCCGCCUCCCUGGUACGCCACCUAGUUGA